AUGGUGAUAAAGAAUGGUAUACUUGAUUCAGAUGAUGAAUGUGAGGAUCAUGAUUCACAGCUUGUGGAAGAAAUUGCAGCAUAUGAUGAUGAGUAUAUUGAAGAAGUCUGCAAUCACUCCGCUGGCUGCAACGGAGGUGGCCGAGAGGGGAAGAGAAACGCUGCCGGGGGUGGCGGAGAGGGGAAGAGAAACGCCAUCGGGGGUGGAGAUUUAAAGAAGCUUUGGGCAGGAGAUGGUGGAGAGGGGAAGAGAAACGCCGCCGGUGGCGGAGAUUUAAAGAAGCUUCGGGCAGGAGGUGGUGGAGAGGGGAAGAGAAACACUGCUGGCGGAGGACAUUUAAAGAAGCUUCUCUCAGGAGGUGGCGGAGAGGGGAAGAGAAACGUUGCUGGCGGAGGAGAUUUAAAGAAGCUUCGCUCAGGAGGUGGCGGAGAGGGGAAGAGAAACGCCGCCGGAGGUGGAGAUUUAAAGAAGCUUCGUGCAGGAGGUGGCGGAGAAGUGAAGAGAAAAGCCGUUGGAGGUGGCGGAGAAGUGAAGAAUAAGGCAGAUAGAGAUCUAUGGGAAUGCUUCAGGUCAGACCAUGAGUCAGCAAUAGCAAGAAAUGGAUGA